AUGAUAACAACAUUAAAUUCAUGUACACUCGAGCAAAUUGGGACAAUUGGAAAUGAUUGUUAUUCAACAAAUACAACACCAUCACCAACUUCAUCAUCAUCAUCAACUUCAUCAUUAUUAAAUAAUAAAAAUUCAAAUCAUUGGAUGAUGCCAUCUUUAAAAAUUAAUCAAAUCAUUAAUGAUAAUAAUAAUAAUAUUAGUAAUAUUAAUUUUGUUCAAAUACAAUCAAAUUCCUCAUCAUUAUCAUCAUCAUGUUCAACGUAUCAAUCUUGUCCAAUCGAGGAUGAACAUAUUCAAGAACAAUUAAGGAUUCAAAAGGAACAAUUAAAACAAAUUGAUGAUGAUGAUGAUGAUGAUGAUGAUGAUGAUGAUGAUGAUGAUUCAUCACCAUCACCACCACCACCACCAACAACAACUACAAAAACAUUUUGUUUAUCCCCAAGACCAAUUAUAAAAAAAGAAGAAAAUAUUGACCAAAAUUCAAUGUCACCACCUCCAAAACUUGACAAAAGAAGAUUUUCAAGAGAUUUAAUACCUUUUACAAUUGCAAAUAUUUAA